AUGGUCGAUAAGACCGCAUUCCUGUGGACGCUGUUGACCGCGCUGUUGGUCCAUGUCACAUCUGCGCAGCUGCAUCCUACUAGCCCCGCGACUUAUCGCCAGCUUCCUUCGCUCCGCGAACAAGCCGCAAUACAGGAUGCAUGGCGCGACGAUCGUCUUGUCGGGAUACCCGCGUUGUUGAACAAGUAUAGCAUCCCCGCCUGGCUUAUCGUCCAACGCGAAUACGCCGAGGACACGCUCUGGUGGUCCAUCAAGGAUGCAACGGAGUAUGCCCCGCAUCGGCGCAUGGUCCUCCUCUUCCAUACCAACACCUCCUCGCUCGCCGGGCAGCCGAACCCGCUACGCUGGGUAGACAACACGGGUGCGGUGUGGCCCGCGCUCCGCGCUGCUCUCCACGCAUACAACCCACGCCGCAUCGCGCUGAACACGGACAAGAGCAUCGCGUUUGGGGGCGGGCUGCACGUCGGCGAGUACGAGGCCCUCGCAGAGGCGAUGGGAGAGCUUUGGACGGAGCGCACAGUGAAUGAGCCAAUGCUCGGGGUCGAGUAUGUCGCGACACGCGUGCCGGGGCAGCUGCGGUAUUACCGCGACCUGCAGGAGACCACUUGGGCGUUGGUCGAGGAGGCGUUCAGUGAACGGGUCAUCACCCCUGGAUUCACUACGACUGAGGACGUAGAAUGGUGGUACAGGGAGAAGAUGCUCUUCCUGAACGUAACCACCUGGAACCAUCCCCGCGUGUCCGUCAUCACGCCGGAGUCGUUCCCCGGCUGGGAAGGCACGCAAAACGUCAUCCAAGAGGGCGAUGUCAUCCAUGUCGACUUCGGCAUCACCGCGAUGAGUCUGAAUACGGACGUGCAGCACAUGGCCUAUGUCCUGCGCACGUCGCAGGGCGAGACGGACGCCCCCGCCGGCCUGAAGGAGGGGCUGAAGAAGGCGAACCGGAUGCAGGACAUCGUUCUGGAGGUGAUGGAAGCGGGCAAGAGCGGGAACGAGGUGCUCAAGGAAAGUCUGGCCCAGAUGAAGGCAGAAGGCAUCGAUGGGCAGAUAUACUGCCAUCCCAUCGGUGAUUUUGGGCAUUCAGCGGGUGCCGUCAUUGGUAUGUUUUCUUCACCGGCCUGCUUGUGGUGGUGUUCAUACGUUGAACGACCUGAAGGCUUUACGAACCUUCCAGUGUUUGUUCCCACCCUGGGCGAACUUCGCAUUCUACCCAAUACCUACUACAGCAUCGAGCUGUACGCAUACUCAUUCGUCCCCGAGCGGAACGAGACCCUCCGGUUCAGAGUAGAAGAGAACGCCUACUGGGACGGCGAAGAGGAGCGAUGGAAGUUCGUCUACGGUCGGCAGGAAAGAUUGCACUUGAUUAACGCGACUCACCCGGUUCUGGAGCCGACGUUUGUUGUACAAACAUGGGGAUAG